ACGAAAGGCCCAAAUCACCAUCUUCCUUCUCAGAGCCCCGAAUCUCGGCAGUCCCCCAGUCCCCACCUCGCGGCGCCCAAAACCCACUCUCCAAAACCCUCCUUCCCGCGGCCGCCGACGACGGCGAGGAAGCCAUGGCCGCCCCCGACGCCCGCAGGAUAGUUGGCGCCGAGGUCCCCAUCCCCGGCUCCGACAAGCUGCGGUGGAUCGACCUCACUGUCCCCUCCGUCGCGCCGGAGAGCCCCUCCAAUCCCUUCGUCUGCGUGCCCCAGCGCGCCGCCUCGGGGUCCCAUAUCAUACCCUUCGGCGAUUCACAGUAUUACCUCACCUGGAGGCUUCAUGAGGAACACCAAAAUGUGCUAGAGGUGAUCGAACUUUGUGCUUCCAAGGAGUUCCCGAACUCUGCACUGCGGUUGGUCUUUCAGGAGGCGCUGUGUCCAUUUGCUUAUUUAUGUAAACGUGAGGGCGGCAGGCAAGGCGAGCUUGUAUAUCUGCUAUAUGUGCUUACUGUUUCUGGAGUUGCUCUCUUGUGCCACUUACGCAGCCCGUUUUCCUAUGUCUCUGGAUCAAUACUGCAUCAAGAUGAUAUAGUUGAGUUUAAUCUCCAAACUCAUGCACAGAGUGCGAAGGUUACAGCUGUAAUAGUGAAGCCAGGAUGUCUAGUGAUUGGGCGGCAAGAUGGGUCAAUCUGUUGUUACAGUCUUGGAAAGUUAGCUCCAAACUCACCAGGUUUCUCAAAUGAGCUGCGAGAUGAUGCUGGGAUCGGGCGUUUAUGGACUCUCAUGUCGAGAACAAAGGCCGUGGGACCUGUGCAGGAUAUAGUGGCAACUGUUGUAAAUGAAAGGAACAUUCUAUUUGUUCUUCAUUUGGAUGGAAAUUUGCGCAUAUGGGAUAUUUCUAGUCACACAAAACUUCUCAAUUACAAUGUUCACUUGAAUGAUGUUGAAGGCCAUCCAUCUAGGCUAUGGGUUGGUGAGGCUGAUGAUGAUCAAGAGCUGAUAUCUCUGGCGGUUCUGCAUCAAGGCACUGUGGUUCAAGAUUGUGAGCAUGUUGCUCUGUAUGGCUUCAGUUUUUCUGCUGGGGAAAAGUUCUUGUUCUCUCCUGAACCUUCAAUUUCUACCAUACCUUUGCUGGAGGGAAAGCUUGUUGACUUGAAAAUAGGCACGGGCAAGCUUUGGAUACUUAAAGAAUUUGGAUCGAUGCUCUACGAAAUAUUACAGUAUGAUUUUGAUACUGAGAAAAUUUGUUCUUAUGUGCUACAAGAAGAUGCUAUCAGUGAGCAAUUGUUUCAAAGUUCUGAUGAUGCAUUGGAUGAUUUGGUCUGGACAGCUGAUUCAAUGUUCUAUUCCAUCAAGGAGCAGGCUUUUAAUUUUAUUUCAUCCAUGUUCCUGCGGAGGCUACUUCAACCGGGAGUGAACCACUGUUCUGCCCUACGUGAAAUCUUAUUAGAGCACAAAAGGUUUAUGUCAGAUUCUGAGUUCCAGUCACUUACAGCUAAUGGGCUACGAAAAGAGAUAUUAUCCAUUAUAGAACAAGAGGGAAGGUCACAGACAGCAAGUGCUACCGCUUAUCACUGGAAAAAAUUCUCUGCACGAUAUCUCCACAGCUGGUGUUGGAACAAUAGGCCAUAUGGGUUGCUUCUUGAUACUAACCGUGACGUGUUUGGUUUAAUUAGAAAGGGUUCAUUUUCUAUGUUCCGUUGUUUGGAGAGUGCGGAGCUGCUUAUUUAUGGUUCCUCUGAUGAAUUGCGCAAUUUUGAUGGUCUUGAAAUGAGCUUAUUGGAUGAUAUAUCUGACUUUGAACUCCUUGAUGAAGUUCUUAGGUGCAUGGGCCAUAUACACCACCUGCUGGGGAGAUCUUCCACUGCAAUAUAUUACGAGUCCCUAAUAAGUUCUGUUAUAUCAUCUGACGAAAUUGCUUCGCAAAUAAUAAAGAUGCUAGAGACUGGUUUUAGUCCUCAACCUUCCUCAUCCCUCAUUACAUUACUUGGAACCGAUGCUUAUGUAGAAAGAAGGCAGGCAGCCCACAAAAGUCAAAGGAAGUUUUCUGUUGAGAUGUUACUAUCUCUUCAUAAGUUGCAAUCAAGAUCCACAUCCUGGUCGACAGUAUUUGAUGUGAUCGAGAAGUUUAUGAAGUGUUUGAACACAAACAUCACCAUACAAAAGUAUGAAACAAAGAGAGUUUGUAAUGUAAAUUCUGUGUUACUGGUACAGGCUACUUCACAGGUUGCAAGAACAAUGUUCGAGUGUGCUUUUGAUCUUUUUCUGUUCCUCAGUUAUCUGGUUGGUGUUGGUGGGCAGGUCUCCUUGUUGCAAAGCGAUGUUGCUAGAAUCAAAUUGAAGUUGUUUCCAAUGAUUCAAGACAUAUUGGGACAGUGGAUCGUUCUCCACUUUGUAGGAAUUUCACCAACCACACCACCAACCAUUGAUGAUUUUAGCUAUCAACUUUCUUCGCUCCAGCUAGGUAAAGCUGAUGAGCUGUCUUUGCACAGAAAGCUUGGCUGCUCUGAUUUUACAUUGGCUUGUUUACUUGAUUUUCCAAAAUCUCCUGAAGGGGAUGUUCUGUCAACUUGUUUCCCUAGUCCAGCUGAGGUAAUCAACCUCGUAAGGAGAUUUAGCCAUUCAAUUAUGUGUGGAAGUAAUGUUGAGCGUGUACAGACUUUCUCGGGUUCCACAAUUAAUCUAUCAGCAGUUCUCGUCCGUCAUGGUCAAUAUGAAGCUGCUCAGAGUCUUUUGGGAAUUCUCGAAACAUACUUGAACCAUGAGAAAUUAUCUCAAGCUGGCCAGGAUGCGGAUAUUGCAUAUUCAGCAUAUCUUCAUCUUAAUGGAUUUUGCCUUCUGAUGCUUGCGCAUGAUGAAGCAAACAUAAUUUUGAGAGAAUCCAAGGUUCAUGAUGCCAUCCGAUGUUUCUUCAGAGCUGCAUCUGGGCAUGAAGCUCCAAAGGCUUUGCAGAAGUUUUCUUUGGAAACAGGGUUUCAAGUUUCUGGGGAAUGUAGAUCUAUUUCUCUGUGGAGGCUUCAUUACUACGAGUGGGCAAUGCAAAUUUUUGAGCAGCACUCCAUGAGUGAGGGGGCGUGCCAGUUUGCUCUUGCUGCUCUGGAACAAACUGACAUCAUUGUUGAUUUAGACAAUGGAAAUGAAGCCGAGGGUCUUCCAGAGACUGCAACGAUGAUUAAAGGGCGAUUAUGGGCUAAUGUAUUCAAGUACAGCUUGGAUUUGAAACAUUUUCGAGAUGCGUAUUGUGCAAUAGACUCAAACCCAGAUGAUGAUAGCAAAUAUGUCUGUUUGAGGCGUUUCAUCAUAGUUCUUUGUGAGCUAGGGGAGACAAAGGUUCUUUGCGAUGGGAAGAUACCAUUCACGGACUUGGUAGAGAAAGUGGAGCAAGAGCUCUUCUGGAAGGCUGAGCGCUCAGAUCUAUCUUCUAGGCCGAAUCUCUACAAGGUUCUUUAUUCAUUUGAAGCUUAUAGAAACAAUUGGAGGAAAGCAGCUGCAUACAUGUAUAGGUACUUUGUUAGAUUGAAUAGAGAGGGUAAUGCAGGUGGCAGCCGCCAACUUCCUCACGUGUUGCAAGAGAGGUUGCAUGCUUUAUCUGCUACCAUCAACGCAUUGCAGCUUGUUGAUCCCUCAUUUGCAUGGCUUGAUUCCGCCUGUGAAGCUGAUGAUCAAAUUUCUCCAAGUAAAAGGCCUCGUAAUCUUUUGAUGGAGAAUCCUGCUUUUGGCACAGAUUCCGAGCUUUCUAGAUUGCGAUUUUGUGUUGACAUUGAAAUUCUUGAAAAGGAAUACAUACUAACAGAAGCACAGUAUAUGCUCAGCACUGUAAAAUCUAGAAUCAAUUUUUCAGAAAGCCAAUCUAUUGAGGCCCUUAUGGAUAUCCUUAUAAAUGAGAAUUUGUAUGACCUAGCCUUCACCAUCGUGCUCAAAUUUUGGAAGGAGUCAGGGAUGAAAAGGGAAUUGGAGCGUGUAUUUUCAGCCAUCGCACAGCAGUGCUGCCCGAAUGGAGCAGGCAAAUCAGAGAGGAAUUUGACUGACAGUCAACAAUUGCUACUGCUGCCUUCUGAGGAGGAUGCAUGGGAUGUCAACACUAAGAAUAUAGCUGUGGCCCAUCAAUUGCAGGGAAGCUGCCACUGGGAAACCCUUGAACUUUAUUUGGAGAAAUACAAAGAUUUGCAUCCUAGGUUGCCAGUCAUUGUUGCUGAGACACUUCUUUACACUGAUCCUGAGAUUGAGAUACCUCUUUGGUUGGUUCAGAUGUUCAAGACUAACAAGGCCGGGAACAUGAUGAUUUCACGGGGCAUGUCUGGCAAAGAGGCAGAUCCUGCUGCGUUAUUUAGACUGUAUAUAAAUUACGGUCGGCAUGCAGAAGCAACUAACUUGCUGGUGGAAUAUUUGGAGUCGUUCGCAUCAUCGAGACCGGUGGACGUCCUCCAUCGCAAGAAGAUGUCCGCAGCUUGGUACCCAUACACUGCUAUCGAGAGGCUGUUGUGCCAGCUGGAAGAGAUACAGAUCGCUGGCCAUAGCGUGGACCAGUGUGAUCGGCUCAAGAAGUUGCUGCAUGGAGCCCUGAUGAGUCACCUGCAACAGGUCGUGGUUGACUCGGAGGACGUGCUGUCGUCAAUUGGAGGCGGGCAGGGAAUGGAGAGCCGAAGCAGCUGAGGUCCUGAGGAUCGUGUUGGUGUGGGUGUUGGCCGUCGAGUACUCGAGUAGCCACAUGUCACCGUUGAAUCCUGUAUGUAAUUGUCUGUAUGGUUGAGUCUCUACCUAUCACAUGUUUCUGUAGACAGAGCGACGCUCCCUUUGUAAUGUGCAUAGCGGAUUGCCGUUGCCGUGCUCGGGAUCCAUUUGUAGAUGGGGUGUCACCUGUCACCUCCGUGGUUUCACCGACGUUUUAUUGUA